GUUUCCCAUUACGGACGUACCGUAGCAGCUAUCAAUUGUGGAUUUUCAGAGAGCCCACGAGGAAUAUAAAGCCCCCUCGUUCCUUUCCUUUGGUAUCCAGAGCAACAAUCGAGCAACCCUUAAGGGUAGCUUGCCUCUUCCUAUUCCUUCUCUUUUUCUACUACGUUCUUAUCAUCUCAUUCGUGUUUUGCACGAGCACCUUUUUCCUCCGCUCAAGAAUGAAGUCCUUCCUUGCCCUUGCGGUAUCCCUCUUGGGUCUUUCUGCGACACCCGUCGCGGGAGAGGUCCAAUAUCUCUGGGGUGAAUAUGGGGCUCGCAUGGAGAAGCGCAUUGCUCCAGCCGUGGAAAAGCGAAGUGAGCUCGUCCCUCGCCUUGAAGAGCGCCAGGCCCUGGCAUGCGCCAACGGACCAACCAGUCGGAACUGCUGGUCAUCCGGUUUUAAUAUCAACACGAACAUGUACCAAUCCUGGCCUAACACCGGGAGGAUUGUCAGUUAUGAUCUGAGCAUCACUAACACUACCUGCAAUCCUGAUGGGCACGGCGCAAGAGUCUGUCUGCUCAUCAACAACAAGCUGCCCGGUCCAGUCAUUAUUGCUAACUGGGGUGACACUUUGAGGAUCACAAUCCGCAACAAGAUGCAGCACAACGGUACUUCGAUCCAUUGGCAUGGACUUCGUCAGUUGAAUUCAAACAUCCAGGAUGGUGCCAACGGUGUUACUGAAUGCGCCCUUGCUCCUGGAGACGCCAAGACAUACCAGUUUCGCGCUACCGAAUAUGGCACAUCCUGGUAUCACUCUCACUUUUCCGGCCAGUAUGGCGAUGGCGUUAUCGGAACUAUUAUCAUUAAUGGACCUGCUACCGCUAACUAUGACAUUGACCUCGGCACUUAUACGCUUUCUGACUGGUACUACAUCACUUCAUUCCAGGCGGGAGCGCGUGCAUUCAACUUUGGCCUUGGUGGACCACCACCAACUGGUGACAACAUUCUAAUCAACGGCACGAACAAGAACGCCCAAGGAGGUGGAGCUUACAGCAAGGUCACCUUGACGCCUGGGAAAACUCACCGCCUCCGACUUAUUAAUACUGCAGUCGAUGCUAGCAUGCGAGUUGCGCUUGAUAAUCAUACCUUCACCGUAAUUGCUAAUGAUUUUGUCCCGGUUGUGCCAUAUACUACAAACUGGAUUCAGAUCGGCAUUGGCCAACGCUACGAUGUCCUUAUCACUGCUAAUAAAACGUCUGGUAAUUAUUGGUUCCGUUCCGAUGUUGAACCCAACUGCCAGAGCGCCAACAAUGGAGCUGGACGCGCUAUCUUCACCUAUCAAGGAGCCACGGUCGCCGACCCGACCACUAGUCCACCAAUCAACCCUCCCACAGGCUGUAACAAUCCUGCCUCGACUCCUAAGAUUGCUUUAAAUGUUCCGAGUGCCCAAUUUGCUAGCCAAGCUCAGACCCUCCCUGUCGCUUUUGGGCCGGUAGUGACUAACGGCCAGAAUGUAGUCUUGUGGACUAUCAAUGGCACCUCUAUGAUCGUGGACCCAGGGAAGCCUACCAUCAAGUAUAUCGCUGAGCACAACACAAGCUAUCCUACUUCAUACAAUCUCGUCGAAGUUCCGUCAUCUUCCCAGUGGACGUACUGGAUUGUCCAACAAGCCGCCACCGCUCCUCCAAUUGCCCACCCAAUCCAUCUUCACGGCCAUGAUUUCUUUAUCCUGGGCACUGGUUCGGGCCAAUUCUCCUCUUCCAACCUCGGCCAACUCACAUUCACGAACCCACCACGUCGCGAUGUUGCUUUCCUCCCGGGUGGUGGUUGGCUAGUUCUCGCCUACCCAACUGAUAAUCCGGGAGCCUGGCUCAUGCAUUGCCAUAUCGCUUUUCAUGUCUCCAUGGGCUUGAGCGUUCAGUUCUUGGAGAGAAAGUCGGAAAUUUCGCUACCGGCGGUGAAUUCAGAGUGGUAUAAUACCUGCACGAACUGGAACAAUUAUCAGCGAAAUAAGCCGGUUUAUCCUCAGGAUGAUUCGGGUUUGAAGAAAAGGUGGCCGCCUGUUGUGGGGGGUGAGUUUUCCGGUGUCUGAGCAAGUUCCUAACGUCUUCAUGGGGAGCCCCAAGUCAACUAGAAAAGGCCUCAGGGAUUUGGGUGUUCUCAAUUCGGGGUGCUCAAGAUAUCUGUUUUCGACUCUAUGUUUUCCUUUUUUCUUCUUUUUUAAUUUGUUUCCGGGGUCAAUAAUUGUUCUCGAAUUUCUUUCCAUCGCUGCCCUGAAUAUUUGUAUAUGAUGUCCUCUCUCGUUUUAUCCAA